GUGUGUAGUUUGUUCUCCGACCGGACGGCUGUGGUGAGAUCAUUCCAUGGAUACGCUGCUCCAGUACCUCAGAAAUCUGUGGCGAGUGGUCAGCUCGAGACUUUGUGCGCCAUCGGUGAAUACCUGUGCUCAUCUCAUCCCUCUGUUUUCAGUUUGCCGGUCCUGCAUCUUGCGACACUUGGAGGCCAGCAGUUACUGUCCUGUGUGUGACGUUAUGAUACACAGGACCAAGGGCUCCUCUAGUCUCAAGGCAGACCGCAUUCUUCAGACCAUGGUGUACAAAAUGAUUCCCGGCCUGUUCAGAGGCGAGAUGAAACGACGGCGAGAGUUCUACCAGAUGAAGCCGUACGCAGACCCGGAGCUGCCUGGCUGGGCCAAGGGGGACGUGGACUCGUUCGUGCCGCACGUCUACACGGCCGACGAGGACGUCCACGUCCGGCUGGCGCUCUUCACCGCCGACCGGGCUGCGGACAGCGGUACAGAGGAGUCGGGGGAAGAGCCGCCGGCACCGGUUCCUCCGGCGCGCUACCUGCGCUGUGUGGCCGGUACACCGCUCACCGUGCUGCAGAAGUUUGUCCGGACCAAGUUCCAGAUGCCCCAGACAGUUCAGGUCCAGCUGAUUUACGGCAGCCACGUCCUUCCCGACGAUAUCAGCCUGAUGGACCUCCAGUACAUGUACAACCCCAGUCAGGACGCUGCCGUCUGCUUGUCGUACCGCUUCGUCAGGCGGCAAAGGCGCACGGCACCCGCGGAAGCCGAGCUGGCGGAAGAGAUUGCUGACAAGCGUCCAAGAGAGGACCAGGAGGAAGCGGAUGUGUCAGACACCAAACGACAGAGAACGGAGGAUGCAGACGCACCAGACGCUAACAUGCAGACAUCAGAAGGAGGGGACCUACUUGAUUGUAAACCACACAUGGAAGAGGGAGAGAAGGCGCCAGGUGCCCAGCGGCAGGAGGCGAGUGAGAAACAGACGCCGGAUGUCCAUCGUCUGACCGCAGACCUCGAGACGCUCAAGAGGCCACUGGUCCUGCUCGAGCGGAUGUUCGACGUGGAAGACGAGGAGCCGACAUCGCCGCAGAUUGUGGAGGAUAUCAUCGCCAGCCUGGACGCGGCGGAGGAGGCAGCGGAUGAGGCGGCGGAGGAGGCGGCGGACAAGCCGGUGGACGAGGCGGCGCCAGACCCCGUCGUGAGCUCCCCGCUGCCAGCAGCGAUCGCAGGUCAGGCGACUGACCCUGCGGGCGUCCGCCAACCCGACGAGCCCCGCUCUGCCGAUCCGGCCACUCCUGCCCUGGCCCCGGCGCCGGAGAGCCGGCCAGGGCCUGGCGGACAGGCGUGUGGUGAGGCGAGGGAGUCGCGGCUGCCGGCGUCGCCCGCCGCAUUACAGACGGAUACAGGCGUGCCGAGUGUUAACUCCGAAGACCAUACGGUGGACGAUGGCGCCGACUCCACUGUUCAGCGCGCCAGCGGUGACGACUUCCAGAGGCCGGCGUCGGUGGACGUUGUCAGCAGUGGCGACUUCCAGAGGCCGGCGUCGGUGGGCAGUGUCGGCAGUGGUGACUUCCAGAGGCCGGCGUCGGUGGACGGUGUCAGCAGUGGCGACUUCCAGAGGCCGGCGUUGGUGGACGGUGUCAGCAGUGGCGACUUCCAGAGGCCGGCGUCGGUGGGCAGUGUCAGCAGUGGCGACUUCCAGAGGCCGGCGUCGGUGGGCAGUGUCAGUAAUGGCGACCUCCAGAGGCCGGCGCCUGCUGGCGGUGGCACUAGUGACGACUUCCUCAGACCGGCGCCAGUUGACGGAGUUAGUGCAGUGUGCCCUACAGCGGCCGCGGCGCCAGAGGAGGCAAAAGCGGCUGAGAAGGAGGAUCGCACCAGGGACAGGCACUCGCUCGACACCGCAGGAAAGGCUCACGUCCGGGACAGCACCGCAAAUAAAAUCGACAAAACAGUGCCUGCGCCCAGAAAAAGCACAUCUGUGUGUAGUAAAAAAUCGGCGCUGGUCAAAGGCGCCAUAGAUACGUCUGACAAAGCGUGUGUAACGCCUAUCUCAAGUGAAAAUGCGACGGGGCCAACCAGCAAGGUACCUACACUGAUCAGGGAUGCGGAUAAGAGAGCUUUUCAAUAUCCGACAUCGAGAGGCGCCGCCAGGAUCGAGACCAGCAAGCCCUCGCGCUCUCAGGCGAAAGAGUACUCUUUCGCGCCCGGCGGCAUGUUCAACCCUCAGCUGCACGUCAACACGAGCAUGGCCAGCCGCUUGAGCUACGACAUGGCCAUGCGGAACCUGCUGACGCUCUCCCACAUGGCCAUGGCCCAGGGCGGUAUGGUCCGUCCGCCCAUGUUUCCCAUGCAGGCCAUGUUCCCGCCUCGGCCCAAGAGCCAGGACUUCCACCCGAUCCCAGACCCGUCGCUGCUGCGGCAGCAGUCCGAGGCGCGGAUGGGGGCCGCCUCCAAGAAGGCGUCGCCGACGGCGGGCAGCACGGCUCCGCAGCUGCGGACUCCGACCGCGCUCACGUCGGCCUCGAUCCAGCACAUGGAGGACCUGACGCGGACGCUGGGCAAGCGGCCCGAGAAGCAGCGUCACUCCGUCACCGUCACCGCCAUACCCUCCAGCGAAUGA